AUGGCUUCCCGUAGAGCGACCAAUAUGUACGCUCCUGGCACACCGAAGUUGCAAUUGGGCGAUGUCCUAAAGCGCAACUUCAAGAAUGCGCUGAUAGUAGAGGCCGACGUGCGAAAUACCCUCGGCAAGUACAACGGUCUAACGCCAUCCCUUCACUACGGAGGUGCCGGAAUCCUUAUUAAUCUUCGAGGGACUAUACCAUUCCAUUUCCAGAAUGCAGUAUAUAAUUGUCCGAUCCUCAUCGCUCUGAAUACCGAGUAUCCUCUGUCGCCUCCGUACAUCACGGUCCAGCCAACGGAGCAGAUUAAGAUUGUGCAAAAGCACCCGUGCGUUCUCAAGAAUGGGGAGGUGGUUAUAAGAUACAUUAAAGAGUGGAAUCCUAGGUCGACUCUGGUCGAAGCGCUGCGCCGCGUGCAGGAGGACUUCAACAGAGCGCCGCCCAUAUACGCCAUCGAAGUGCGACGUAGUGGAACUCUGUCCGAUGCGAUAUCACAGGGUGCCGGUGCAGCCGUGCCUCUUAGACACGCCGCGUCAGGUAAUGAAGGCAGCGUGAUGCACCGCAGCACCAGUGACGACGGAUCGCUGGAGUCCGAGUUGGAGUCUAUUCGGUCAAAGAUAACAGCGAAUGUGCGGGAUAUGCGCGCUCAGCUUAUCAAGGAAUACCAGUAUGACGUAGGGAAGUAUGACAUCCACCGGCUCAUCAUGCUGGACUGGGUGCCAACAUGUGUCAACAUUGCCACAUACAUUAAGGAGCAAUACGCCGAACGCGAGAAGUUGAAUAAAGCGCGUGCUGAUUGUGACCAGCAAUUGCAGACCCUAGAGGGCAUCGAUGACUACUUCACUCAGGUCAUCACCGCCCUCAAUGAGAUGCAGACGUCCGCCGGUGAAGCAGAGACGACUGAAUCUGGGGAUAAAGUAGAACCAGAAUACAACUUGGAAUAUGAAAGCAAGCGAGAUGAAACACUUUGCCGCGCUGUUGCCUCGGAGGCGGCGGCUAACGAGAUGCUGGAGUUGUUGCAGGCUACAUAUAAGCGCAAGCAAAUCUCGACGAAGAAAUAUAUCCAAUAUGUGCGAGUGAUAAGCAACGAGAAGUUCCGAGCCAUGCACUCGCGGAAGUUAGCGGAAUCGACACAGUGA